AUGGCGAAAUAUGCACAUGAUUUGCUUUCUCGUGCUAUGAUGCUUGAGGCCAAUCAUGUUUCCACGCCCUUGGCUGCUGUUUCUCAUCUUGUCAGUUCUGGUGAGGCUUACUCGGAUCUUACGCAUUAUCGCUCUUUGGUUGGGGCCUUGCAGUAUUUGACUAUUACUCGACCUGACUUGUCCUAUGCUGUUAACACAGUUAGUCAGUUCCUUCAGGCUCCGACUGUGGAUCAUUUUCAGGCUGUCAAACGAAUUCUUAUUUAUGUGUGUGGCACGCAACACUUUGGUCUUACGUUUCGCCGUACCUCUUCCCCCGCUGUUCUUGGUUAUAGUGAUGCAGAUUGGGCUCGCUGCACGGACACUCGCCGCUCUACUUAUGGCUACGCUAUUUUUCUUGGUGAUAAUCUUUUGUCUUGGAGUGCUAAGAAACAAUCUACUGUUGCUCGCUCUAGUUGUGAAUCUGAGUACCGAGCUAUGGCUACGCUAUUUUUUCUUUUAUCACUUUUUGUGCCACAUCAUCUACAGAUUUGA